UUGGUCUUUCCAGCUGGUUGUCAUUUCACUCGGCUCGGUCCUGAGGAGAAGGACUCAGCCGCGGCUGCUGGACCCGGGCACCGGGAGGCGGCGGCGGCGACAGCAGGGAGGAAGAGGAGGAAGAAGGAAAGAAAAAGAAGAGCCAGGCGGAGUCCGCAACGACGACAGCUGGGACUGCGGGACCGGGGUAGAGCGGCGGCGGCGGCGGCGGUGACGACAACGACGGCCCAGCAACCGUGAGGAGAAACAAAAGCCUUCUAAAUUAUAGUUUAAAAAAACCCGGGGGAGCCGAGAGAGCGCCGGGGGGGGGGGGAGAGGCCUUUCUCUGUAGUCUACCUGCCGUAGUGGGGUUUUCCUUCCUCCCCGCCCCCCACCCCCACCCCUGCGGAGAAUCGAACUGGGAGAACUGAACAAACCGCCCCUGGGUCCCAUGAGGGAGAAAAACCCCGGAGCCGCAGAGAGGGGAAGAGGCAGCAACCGCAGGACCUGCCCGCUCGCCCCCGUGGUCCGCGCACCCCCGGCCCGCCCGCUCGCCCUGUCCCGCUAACCCCUCCCGAUCGCAACCCGAGAGGGGCAGACGCGGGUUUCCAGCCCCUUUCAUGGGGGAGAGGAGGCCGGGGGGAGCCCGAGAACAGCGACCGCAGCAAGAUCUGCACCCGGAGCCUCGGGAACAGCCCCGGAGGCCAGAACUGCGCCCAGCGAAGGAGCAGAGACAGGACCAGGAACAGCAGAAACCUCCCUGCAAUCGUCUUUCCUUUAGUCAAUGCUGAUUUCCUCUCCCGCAACCAAGAAUUCACCUCCCGCCCCAGAUAACCUAAUAUAAUCUAUAUAUAUAUAAAUAUAUAAUAUAUAAUGUUCUUAAAUUAUUCCUGAUUUUUUUAACCAAGCUGCCAAGAAGAGAAGAACGUAUUCUCCCCCUUAGCACUAUUCUAAUUUUUAUGUGAGUGAAUCUAAACUGCUGAGGAAGACCAUAUGUGAUUGUUAAAUUAUAUAUAUAUAUAUAUAUAUAUAUACACAUAUAUAUAUUUUUACUCCGAGCAAUGCUUAUUCUUCUACAUCCAUAGAUGCUUGAGAAGCUGUGUUUUUGUCAUUCAUGUGUAUUUUCCUUUGGAAAAAGAAAGCGCCUAUUUUACUAACCAAAGACUUGAUUUUUACCCUCUUCGUUUUUAUUCCCUCCUAGAAAUCAGCCCAAUUGGAUUCAUGUCAAUAUUUUAAGAGAUUUUUUUUAGUUGCUUUUUUUCUUCUUUCAGAGAGAGACCAGAAUUCCAAAUCAGAGCUACUUAUGGUGAUAAGCUAGGAUCUUUGAGCUAGCUAUAAAUAAGAUAUUUCAAGAAAACAAACAAGCAACUUAAAUUGGAGUAGAGGAACAAAAACGGUGUGAGACAUCAGGUUGUGUGUGUGUUUUUUUUUUUUUUUGUGAGAUUCUGAUCCUAAAAAUAAUAAAUGGGGGAUUACGGGUUUGGAGUGCUAGUGCAAAGCAAUACUGGGAACAAAUCUGCUUUUCCAGUCCGAUUCCAUCCACAUCUGCAACCUCCACACCAUCACCAGAAUGCCACCCCCAACCCUGCUGCUUUUAUAAAUAAUAACACAGCUGCCAAUGGCAGCAGUGCUGGGUCAGCUUGGCUCUUUCCUGCUCCAGCUACCCAUAACAUUCAGGAUGAGAUCUUGGGGUCAGAAAAAGCCAAAAGUCAGCAACAGGAACAGCAAGACCCUUUAGAGAAGCAGCAGCUCUCCCCGAGUCCAGGUCAGGAAGCUGGAAUACUGCCUGAAACGGAGAAGGCAAAGUCUGAAGAAAACCAAGGGGACAGUUCUUCAGAAAACAGCAAUGGGAAGGAGAAAAUACGAAUUGAAUCACCAGUUUUGACAGGGUUUGAUUAUCAAGAAGCCACAGGGCUAGGUACUUCGACCCAACCCUUGACAUCUAGUGCAUCCUCUCUUACUGGUUUCAGUAACUGGUCAGCAGCCAUAGCGCCUUCUUCAUCUACAAUAAUCAAUGAGGAUGCAAGUUUCUUUCACCAGGGAGGGGUCCCUGCUGCUUCAGCUAAUAACGGUGCUCUGUUGUUUCAAAAUUUCCCCCAUCAUGUCAGCCCUGGCUUUGGAGGCAGCUUCUCCCCUCAGAUCGGGCCCCUCUCACAGCACCACCCUCACCACCCUCAUUUCCAGCAUCAUCACAGCCAGCAUCAACAGCAGAGGAGGUCUCCUGCCAGCCCCCACCCGCCUCCCUUCACACACAGGAGUGCUGCUUUUAACCAGCUGCCUCAUUUGGCGAAUAAUCUUAACAAACCCCCCUCUCCGUGGAGCAGCUACCAGAGUCCCUCUCCAACCCCUUCAUCUUCCUGGAGCCCAGGAGGUGGUGGAUACGGAGGCUGGGGAGGCUCCCAGGGCCGAGAUCACCGCAGAGGGCUGAAUGGUGGAAUAACACCCCUGAACUCCAUCUCACCUUUGAAGAAAAAUUUUGCAAGCAAUCACAUUCAGCUCCAAAAGUAUGCUCGUCCCACCUCUGCCUUUGCUCCAAAAUCCUGGAUGGAAGAUAGCUUGAACAGGGCUGACAAUAUUUUUCCUUUUCCGGACCGCCCUAGGACAUUCGAUAUGCACUCCCUGGAGAGUUCACUCAUUGACAUAAUGAGAGCUGAGAAUGAUUCCAUUAAAGGUCGUCUAAACUAUUCAUACCCAGGAUCCGAUAGCUCUCUGCUUAUUAAUGCAAGGACAUAUGGGCGAAGGAGAGGUCAGUCUUCAUUGUUCCCAAUGGAAGAUGGGUUCCUGGAUGAUGGCCGUGGGGAUCAGCCUCUUCAUAGUGGCCUUGGCUCCCCUCACUGCUUCACUCACCAGAACGGGGAACGGGUCGAGCGGUAUUCUCGCAAGGUGUUCGUGGGCGGAUUGCCUCCUGACAUCGAUGAAGAUGAGAUCACAGCUAGUUUUCGUCGCUUCGGCCCUUUGAUUGUGGACUGGCCUCAUAAAGCAGAGAGCAAAUCUUAUUUUCCUCCUAAAGGCUAUGCAUUCCUGCUAUUUCAAGAUGAAAGCUCUGUUCAGGCUCUCAUUGAUGCAUGCAUUGAAGAAGAUGGAAAGCUCUACCUGUGUGUAUCAAGUCCCACCAUCAAGGAUAAGCCAGUACAGAUUCGGCCCUGGAAUCUCAGUGACAGUGACUUUGUGAUGGAUGGUUCACAGCCACUUGACCCAAGAAAAACUAUAUUUGUUGGGGGUGUUCCUCGACCAUUACGAGCUGUGGAGCUGGCUAUGAUAAUGGAUCGGCUGUAUGGAGGUGUGUGCUAUGCUGGGAUCGACACAGACCCUGAGCUGAAAUACCCAAAAGGAGCUGGGCGAGUGGCAUUCUCUAAUCAACAGAGCUACAUAGCUGCUAUCAGUGCCCGCUUUGUCCAGCUGCAGCACGGAGAGAUAGAUAAACGGGUGGAAGUUAAGCCAUAUGUCUUGGAUGAUCAGCUGUGUGAUGAAUGUCAGGGGGCCCGUUGCGGGGGCAAAUUCGCCCCAUUUUUCUGUGCUAAUGUUACCUGUCUGCAGUAUUACUGUGAAUAUUGCUGGGCUGCUAUUCAUUCUCGUGCUGGCAGGGAAUUCCACAAGCCCCUGGUGAAGGAAGGCGGCGACCGCCCUCGGCACAUUUCAUUCCGCUGGAACUAAAGGCUACCUAACUACAGUGCUCGUUUCCAGGCCUCAGAAUAAGUGCACUCUUCGUCCUUCUGACCCUUCCUCAGCCUCUUCACGCUGGCAUGUCCUUUUGUAGCAGUGUGUAACUUAACAAUAGUAUAACGAAAAGAGUGACCUAUGGUAUAGGUGUUUUGUAGAUCCUUGUGUCACUGCAAACAACGUGUCUGAACUCCUUUUUGUAUUGGCACCUGCUGCGUGGAAGUUCUGUUCUCUUGCUUUGCUGGAGACCAAGAGGGUUCCAACUUCCUGCAGCAUUUUCUUAGAGGAGAGAGAGAAAUAUUAACAGAGAAAUGAAACAAUAGAGUAUUUUGGGUUUUUAAUUAAAUUAUUGUUAAUAAUAGAACAUAUAAGAAUACUUUUAUUAAGAUAACCAUGCAACAAGAACACUAUCGGUCUGUUCUGACACAGUUCCCCCCAGGGAAGUGCUUCUGCCUUUUCCUUCCUUUUCUUCCUUUUUUUUUCUCUCUCUCUUUUUUCCAUCCCCUUCUAAUGCUUUUAACAGCGAUGGAGGAAGUGAACAGUCACUACCAGGAAAGAGCGUGUCACAGCACACAGAUGCCUGAGCAAGGGUGAGCAGCGUUGUAAUUCAUAUUAAGGGUCCUGAGGCUGAAGAGAACUCACUCUGCCUCAGCAUUAUUAGGACAUCAGAAAAAAUAGUCAAGUAGGCAGAGCUAGGUUUACUUUCUUUCAAAUAUUUAAAAAAUUUUAAAAAUUCAGAAUGUAAGAAUUGGGUAAAUUUAUUACUGAGGGGAGUGCACUUAUUUAUUUAACUGACUUAUUUGGUCACAGCCCCAGGAAACCUACCAAAGCUAGAAUUCAUGACAACUGGUGGGAAAACUAGCAUUUCCUCUCCUGAAGAACAAAUGUGUGCAUUUUGUUUUUGAUAUUAUAUACAAACUCUAUAUCCUAAUUCACUAACACUCGUCAGGUGUCAGCCUUUGCUCUCCAUUUUGACAUUAAAAGCAACAGAUCUAGAGAUACCUCAAGGAUUCCAUUUUUAAUUUUGUUCCAGAACACUCGUAGCCAAAACCCGGAGACAAAAAACAAUAUACAAAUUGGCUGCUGAUUGGCUUACUUUUAGAUUUAAACUUACUUUGGAUAUCCUGUAAUUUAGUUGUAACAUAGAAAAUGGAAAAAAGUUUUAAAAAAGUUAAGUAGUUGCAAAGUGUUUUGCACUGUUGAACUAAGUAACUGUGUAAAUCUGUGCAAAGGUACGUAUGUUUAUCUUACUCUUCCUAUAAAAUAAAAUAACCUUACAGUUUCAGAACUUAGCAUGGGACAUAGUCAGUGUUUGAAGUGCCAACUUCAUCAAGUAAUGCAUGCUUUCUUAUAAAUAAAAUUCUUGCUUCGAAAGGCGUUCUUAUGUGUUGAACAGUAUGCUUCAGGAGUAAAUUUAAAAUAGUCUCUUGAAGUCCUAGUCAUGGAAGUAACUUUUAUUUUAAUUGACAUUCUUUUAUUAAAUGCCCUAUCAACAAUUCAAAGGAUUCUUAUCAGUGUGCAAAACAGUAAACAACAACAACCUAACAGCAAUCUUGCUAGUUGUGCUACCUAACAGUUACCAUCUUGGAUCCUUCAAAACCAAAGACUUGCCCAGCACUGCUGUGGAACCAUCCGGCUGAUGCCCCCCACUGAUUAUCUUUAGGAAAAGCAGUCCUUUAUUUUUGAUACAGGCUUUAAUGAACUAUACCUGUUAAGUUCCAAAGGUCAAAAUGGAGGCAUUGCUGUCUAGGAGUCCAACACAGAGAGGGAGCUGCUUUUCAAGAACUCCCUGUGAACAGUAAAGCAGUCAUGCGAUGGAGGGUGCUCUCGCGUAGCUAGCUGGUCAGGGACUUUUGUUUUCCUUUUCUCCUGAACCACAUGAUUCUGAUUGGAAUGUUCAUUUGCCUCUUUUGAUUCUUUUCCAUGCUUGUAGGUGGCUUGGGGUGUGCUAUGUGCUGUUCCUACUCAGUAAACAGGUGUGGUGAGUUAACAAGAAACAACACUGUUUGAAAACUAGCUUUGGAUAAUAAUUUUCCCCUUUGUACAUGACCUGCUGAAUUUCGGUACAGUGUUUUUGUAGCUAACUUAUUUUGUCAUGCACAUAAUGUAUAUUUGUUAUGCACUACUUUUGUAUAUCUUGUUUUUCCAACAGUGAACAUUUUUAGGCACACUUUUCACUGACGGGAUAUCUCUUUAUGCAAUACCUCAAUUUUUCAUAUUGCAAAGAGUAGCUUUUUGUACUUUUAUUACUGAGAGAUCUUCAUAUACUUCAUUUUUUAAUAUAAAUAAUUUUAAUAAAUUUUAUUUUCUUAUAUUCUGCUUUUUAUACAUUUCAGUGCUCUGCAUACAUUUUAAAUUAUGAAUGUUGUGCACUGGCAAUGCUAUUUUAGAGUCUGCAGAGAAGAGAAAGCAUGUUGCUUAAACAUCCCUCCCCGGCACCAGCUCUUGGUGUGCCUGUAAUUUAAGAAAUAGUCUAUGUAAAGUCACAAAUUAAUGAAAAAAAAAUUCGCAUGAAAAUGACAGAUAACACUGUAGUUCCUAAAAGAAAAAAAAAUUAAAUGCAUAAGCAUAGGGUAGAAAUUUAAAAUAACAAAAUUGUCUACAGCUUCUUACUAAGUUUUUAAAAUUAUUCAUAAAACGCAGACAUUUUUGGUGAAUGUUUAGCCAUUUUUAAUCUUAAUAAAUUGAUGUUAAGUGUUUGAUUCAGAGAUGUCUGCUCUUUUAAAUUAUAUAUAAGGAAAAAAAAAUAGCCUGCCAUGGGACAGGUGUGUAAUGUUAGUAUGCAUGACUAAUGUAAGAAAUUGUUAUUCUACUAAUAUUUACUUGUGAUUGUGUGACAAGCGUGUUUACAGAUUAUUUGGUUACACUUCAAUUUACAGGGCAUAAACAAUGAUUAUCUAUUACUCUGAAUUUUAUUGAUUACAUGUCCUUCAGAUUACAUGGGAUUGUAGUUGGGAGUUACCAUGUAACUCAAACAUAAUUAACAUGUAAUUAGUUUACAGAUUUUAGGGUCUCACUUCAAUUUACCAAGCAUGUAGUUCUAGCGCACUAGCAUGGCACCAGCCAUGUACUUACAAUGUAGUUACAGAGUAAUUACAUGGUUAUUUUUGCAAUGUAAAAUAAAGUGUUUCUGAUUAUUUUCUAUGUAAAGGAACCCUCGCCCUCCCUUUUCCUGUCCCCACGCUUUGGUAUAAUAUAUAUACUUCUCCAUACACAGACCUCUGCAGAAUGCAAAAUAAAACUUGCAGUGAAUGAAUUUAGCAUUUUAUGAGAGUGCUGUUGGAAAGACUUGAUAACUCACCCCUUUUGUUUUGAAGAGUUGAAUCUUCUGUUAAAAGGUGAUUUAAAACUUGAAUGUGAUGAAUUGUGGCAAGUUAACAAGUUAUGUGCAAUACUUAUUUCAAACUUUUGAAAGAUCUUUGCAGUGUAAUUCUUUGUUUUUAAUUGCAGACAUUUAAAAAUGUCAUUUUCUACUGUUAAGAGUAAUCCUCUUUCUUGCUGGUGUUUCUAAAGAAAAGAAUCAGAAAUCAAUCUUUCUACUAAUGUAAAUUUGAGAUUAUUUUUAAAAAUGGAAUAAAAGAGGUUUUGGUCAUUUGCUUUAUUUUAUUAUCUUAUUUUAAAGCUACUGUGAUUGAUAGCAUUGUAAGAAUUGGGACAAUAUUGUAUUCAACUUUUAUUUUUUAUAUUUUUAAAAUUUAAAGUAUAAUUAGUUUUUAUAAUUUUCAUCAGAUUUUUGUUAUAUUUUUUGGAAGUGAAACUUUUAGCAAGUGGGUGUCUAGUUUUUACUAAUCCCUAAUUUUUUUCCCAGUGUAUUGCUCAUAUUAUCAGAAGGAAAAGUUAUUUAAGUGUGUCAGUUAAUUGUACUACUUGGCUGAAUUUCCAUAUAGUUUUUACUGUGUAUGGGGAGGUUGUAGUAUUUAUUAUAGCAUUUUAAAUAAGGGUAAUUCAUUUUUUAUUAAAGUCAUUUUCACGUUAAGUUCCUAUUUUUGUAUGUUCUACUCUUAAGUUAUAUAACACAGUUCCUUUUUUAAAAGAGUUCAUUUGUUGAAGUGCUAGUGGAAAAUUAAUGUUAUUAAAUAGUUUGCAAAUGACUAUUUAUACCAGUAUGCAUAUAAUUUUUAAAUAUUUGUAAUGUGAGAUGUUGAAUGAAUAAAACUUUUAACUCAGA